CUUUUCAACGAGCUGCCGACAUCAGCAGCGUUUUCCUUGCCAGCCGCCGGCGUCGCGUACCAAAAUAAAGGCAAAUUCCAGAUUCGACGACAGCGACAACAGACGCCAAACACACAGUGAGCCAUCCAACUUUAAGCAAAGCCAGCAAAGAUGCCACCUAAGAAGCAUGAGGAGCCCGAGCGCAAACCGCUAAUCGGGCGCAUUGGCACAAAUCUGCGCAUCGGAAUUGUUGGUGUGCCCAAUGUGGGCAAGUCAACGUUCUUCAAUGUGUUGACCAAGAGUGCAGCCCCAGCUGAGAACUUCCCCUUCUGCACCAUUGAUCCCAAUGAGAGUCGCGUUCCCGUGCCUGAUGAGCGUUUCGAUUUCCUAGUCGAUUUCCACAAGCCAGCCAGUUCAGUGCCUGCCUACCUUAAUGUGGUCGACAUUGCUGGUCUGGUUAAGGGCGCCGCCGAAGGUCAGGGCCUGGGCAACGCCUUCCUCUCGCACAUCAAUGCAUGCGAUGCGAUAUUCCAUUUGUGUCGCGCCUUCGAGGAUCCCGACGUAACACAUGUCGAGGGUGAGGUUGAUCCAGUGCGUGAUUUGGAGAUCAUUUCGGAGGAGUUGCGCCUCAAAGACGAGGAGAAGUUACAUCAGAAUUUAGACAAACUUGAAAAGGUAGUGGCGCGCGGCGGCGAUAAAAAGCUGAAGCCAGAAUACGAUGCUAUGGUAAAGAUCAAAAAUAUUUUGGUCGAUCAGAAGAAGCAUUUGCGUUUCGCAGACUGGAGCGCACAUGAUAUCGAGGCUCUGAACAAAUACUUGUUCCUCACCUCGAAACCGGUAAUCUAUCUCGUAAAUUUGUCUGACAAGGACUUCAUACGCAAAAAGAACAAGUGGUUGCCAAAAAUUAAGGAGUGGAUCGAUAAGAACGAUCCUGGCGCUCUACUCAUACCCUUUUCUGGCGCCUUUGAGCACGAGCUGGCCGAAAAGGAUCCCUUGGAGCGCAAAGCUUACGAGGAGGAGACCAAAUGCAAGAGCCAACUCGAUAAGAUCAUUAUUACUGGCUACAAGGCGCUCCAACUGGAAUAUUUCUUCACUGCCGGUCCCGACGAAGUCAAAGCCUGGACCGUGCAGAAGGGCACCAAAGCUCCACAGGCCGCUGGUCGCAUUCACACCGAUUUCGAAAAGGGUUUCAUUAUGGCCGAGGUCAUGCAUUUUGACGACUUCAAGGCUGAGGGCUCCGAGGCAGCUGCUAAGGCUGCCGGCAAAUAUAGACAACAGGGACGCAACUAUACCGUCGAAGAUGGCGACAUUAUUUUCUUUAAAUUCAAUGCCGGCGCCGGCCUGAAGGAUGCCAAGAAGAAAUGAUAUCUUUCGGCCAUAUACAUCACCAUCUGCACCGUGUUGUAUAUUAACUUGAUUUUGUACUCUCAGAUCUUUCGCCUUGGCCCAGAAAAGCCCGUCUGCCCUUACCGCUGAAUGAAUGAGAAUGAAAAUGGAAAAUGCAUUUGAUAUAAUUUUUUUUUGCUAUUUUUGCUAACGUCCAACAAGAUAUAAUUUUACUAUUCGCUUUAUGUUGUUGAUGACAUAGUGUUGACGGGAAUAAACGAAUGAAUGUAACAAAA